CUCGACACCUGGACACCUGAAUCUCGAUCGUCACAUGUCUGCGGGCUGCAAAGUUGGCCUGAGGCCAUUGGGCUCGAACGACGUCACUGGCGUCGACCGUGGUUCUUAUACUCGUGGCUGUUCCUUGGGGCUUGCGCGAAAUCAUUUGAACUCCUGCUUCAUGCGCUUCACCUCAAGAUGCCAAGUAUGUAAUUUUUCCAGUCACGGAGAACAUAGUUGUGAUAAACUAACCAUCAUUCACCCUACAGAAACCCCAGAUUACUACAAAAUCCUCGGCGUGUCCAGCGAUGCGACCCAGCCGCAGAUUCGCAGUGCAUACAAAAGAGAAUCACUAAAAUCCCACCCCGAUCGAGUCCCCGCCGACUCCCCAGAGAGACCAGCUCGAACCCAAAAGUUCCAAGAAAUCAACGACGCCUACUUCACCCUCUCCGACCCUACCCGCCGCCGCGAAUACGACGAAACCCGCGCCUUCGAGCAAGCCGAAGAAGAAGUCGACGAGGAAAUUCCCCAAGGCGGCCGCGGCUUCCCAUGGUCCGCCUUUGGGUUUGGCAGUCGCGAUGAGCGCGACUCUGAGCAAUUCGGAUCCGUCUUUGAGGAGAUGCUCCGCGAGGAAGGGCUAGCUGAGGAAACUGGCGAUAACGGUAACCGGCGCACUCGGCCCACGGGUCGGUUUUGGGCCAUCGUUGGCGGAGUCAGCGGGGGUGCGCUGGGCUUUAUCGUUGGUAAUGUCCCAGGUGCGUUGGCCGGUGCUGUGGCUGGGAAUCGGUUGGGUGCUGUUCGAGAUGCCAAGGGGAAAAGUGUCUAUGAGGUUUUCUUGGACCUUCCACAGCCAGAUCGGACGCGGCUAUUGAGUGAGUUGGCAGCCAAGGUGUUCCAGUCUACGAUGGGUCGGUAGGGUCGUUCUUGGGGAUCACCAUUGAUUGGAUUUUGGCGUUGGUCUGGUAUUUUGUGUUGUUUUCUAUGGAGAAAGGGGAUACAGUAUACGCGAUUCCUUCGGCGAUCAAUGUAUCGGAUA